AGAAGAUUGACAGCAACUCAGUUGAUUCAUGCGAAGAAAACUUUAGAAAAGGGGUAACUUUUUUCUUUUCUUUUUGCUGGUCAGCUGCGACGUGUUUAUUCAGAAGGACAAUAAUGCAGUUUAAGGCAGCUCACUGAUGGCUGCCAGCCAGAAGCGUAUAAUACAAGGCGCAGAAAUGUUGCUUUAGAGUCGGCGAUAUUACUUUUUUAAUACAUUUGGAGAAGUUGCAGCAAUGCCAGACGUUGAACCCCUCAGAUUCCCAUCAAGGGAAGGACAGCCAAGUCAACAAGAUCAAGCAGAACUUCAAGCUGUCUGCUCUGGUAGACGUCGCACCUGUGCUUUGCUCAACAGUCCUUCACCAUGGGUCAACAGUGUUAUCUACCAUAUCCAAGAGAUGAAGAUGACAGUGGAAAACAAGUGUCAGCAGCAGUCUGGAAGAUAUCAAUCACAUAUUAAUCAGAACAAGCAUAAAUCCAGCAAAACUUUAAGAUUUCAAUCCAGAGACUCAGAUUCUGACUCUGUAAUGUCUACAGAUCUGUAUGUCGAAGGCUUUGCAAUUUGUGCAAGAGAAAGUUGUCCAUUAUCUCCAGUACUGAAGAAAAUAAAUGAUGUCCUUAGUGAGGUUGUGUAUCUGAUUGAGCGGCUGGAGGCUGAUCGGCAGUAUGCAGAGGAAGCCCUUCUCAAAGAGAAGAAAAGGAAAAGGUUUUUGGAGAGCAAACUGGACAGUAUUUCACUGUGGAGGCAAAAAGAGCACGCUCAUGUUGUGCAGAAAGAGCACGAGGCUUGUAUUAGAGAUAUCACUGAAUUAAAGUGGCAGCUAAAAGUGGAAAGAGAGAAACUUGACCGAGCCCAAGAGAAACUGUCAUGCACUGAGGGGUUGAAUCAGCGCUUACUCAAGGACAUCAGUUUUGCCAACGAACAAGUUCCAAUUGUGAAGGAAAAAAUCGACCUUCAGAAAGACCUUAUAAACCAGACCAACGCUAAACAAGCUGAGGCUAAUGAGGUUUGCUCAAAACUACAGCAUGAACUUCUGGCUGUCCAGAAUGGGUUUAAAAACAUGGAGUUGGCUGCCAAAAACAGAAAGCUAUCAGUGGACCAAUCACUGUUGGGAAUGAAGAAUACUUUGGCAAAAAAAAUGGAAAAUUUAAAUCAGUUGAAGAUAAUUGACGAUGGGCUACAUGUCGAAAUGAAGGAUGCUGAAAAGACCAUUGCUCUUACAGAAGAGAAGUGUACACUUAUAACUCAGCGUAUCCCUGAGAUGUUGGAGCUAGAGAAAACUGAAAAAGACACAAUUGCACAGUUGAACUUUCAAAUUGAGGAUGAAAUACAUAAGAAUAUGAAAUUACAAGAAAAACUAAUUUCACUGCAAGAAGACAUUGAGAAAACUAAACUGAAUGGGGAGGCAGAAGUCUCCUGUGUAGAAGAGCAGCUUGAAUCAAAACGUAAAACUUUUGCAGCUCUCCGUAAAGAAAACAUGCAGUAUGAACAGAGUGUGGAAAACUACAAGAUAAAAAUUUUUGAGAGCGAGAAAGCAGUGAAGCAGAUGCGUGAGGAGAGGAAACAGAUGCUCCAGAAAAUCAGUGACAAUGACGAGAAGUGGGAAAAGGCCGAGGAAGAAGUGACCCAAGUUAUAGCCCAGCACAGUGUCAUUCAGGCUGAGCUCGAAGAACAAGAGCAGCUAACCUUCAUGGAGGAAGAGAGGGCCAGGACAGAGAUCGAAAGCCUGAGGAAAGACCUGACAGGUCAGAGGACUACCCUGGAACAACUUAAGGCUCAGUGUGCAGAUCUCAACGAACAACUGAAACAGCAACAAAGAAAAUCAAUGGUAAAGAACCAACAACUUCAGAAAGAAUUUGAGGAUGCAUCCUCAGUAACAAAAGCCCUGGAGACAAAAAUGGAGGAAAUCAAAAAAAUGACAGACAAUUUGGAAAAGAUUUCAUGUGAACACAGGAAGACAUUAAUUAACCUUAGGAACGAGAAGAAGCAACAAUGUGACCACCUGAAAGCUGUUCAGGAAUUAAACAGCGCUGUUGUAAAGAAAUAUGACAACACUAUGGGCAGGAUCAGUGACCUUAUGAAUAAAAGUCAGGAAAACCGGGAUGCUUCAGAUAAAAUGGAAAAAAUAGCUGAGAGAAUGCCAGAAGUCAUUGCAGAACUUCAGAGUGUUUUUGAUGUGCUGGAGUUCAAAAACAAAUCAGCUGCUCUUAUUAUGAGCACCUUGCAGUCUGAUAUUAAUAACUGCCAACAACGAACACAGCGAUCCAUGCAGACACACAUUGCUCAUGUUACAGCAAGAAAAAAGCAAAUGGAAGGCACCAAGGAAGCACUUAAAAUUGCACUAAAGAAGAACAAACAGCUGGCAAGCCAAUAUGAAGACCUUAGGAAGAUUCUCAUGGAGGCCAAACAGGAGUCUGUGUCUGCACUGAGUGAGAAAAACAGUGCACAUAAAUCUUUUCAUUAUUACACACAGCUCUCUUUGUUGCAGAAGAGGAUGCACAAAGCUUUGGUGAAAUACUUCAAACAACGCAGCCUCUACAGCCAGGCUGAACUGGACCGGUGCCAGGCUCUUUCUCAAGAGACCGACUGGAAAAUAAAAACAGCCCAGGAGGGGAUGUCAGAAGAAAGUGAACUCAUCUCAGCCUUCCUACAAUCCUUGACAGAUGACUCUACUACCACUGAUGAUGCUAUGGGGUGAACAAACAAGCCAAUCCAGAUGCUGCUGGAUCCAAUGACUAGAUGCCUUCAGUUCAAAUAGCAGUGUAAUUGGACAUUCACCUGUACCAGACAACUUACUUACCCUAGCACGCUUCACUAUUCCCCCCUCUUUACUUGCAGCAAAUCCAUAACAAUGAAACAGGUGACUUUCAUGCUGCUGUCAGGACUGAUCUAAUUUUAGCUGGGUGAAUGAUUGCAAUUGGCUUUGCCUCAUCAGAUAAUUAAUCUAUGUCACCAUUAAUUGGAAAAGAGAAUAAUUACAGGCAGUGUUGACAGAAAUUCUACGCUUCUCCAGAUUCCAAGAUCUAAUUACAACUAGUGAAACCCCAUGACCUUAACUAGCACUUAGUACACCUUGGCCACCUUGACCAUGCCCAUGUGAAGCCCGCUGUCUCUUGAAAGAACCUGUUUUUGUUAUUGCAGCCCACACUCUUCUGCUCUCUUCACUCACUGAAAGCUGUCUCCCUCAAUCACUUUUCAAUAUUCAAUCUUAAUUUUGUGGAAGUUUAGCAUUUUCAAUGAGCUGGAGAUGAAUGAUUAAUGAAUAAAUUUAAAUGCUUCAUUUUGUCCAUGGAUCAUUAGUUAAGUCCUUUGUGGGAAGGACCUGAGAAAGGAGUGAAAAUUAUUGAGACAUUAGCCUGGAGCAAUCCAGGGGUAAAUAGUGUGCACAAAAGGAUGUUGUGUGUGCACUAUCCACUGGCUUUCUAAAGAACCCUGGGGAAACACUGUUUUCAAUUUGGAAUCUUAACUGAAUCACAUUUAGUACUUGUAGAAAAUUGAUUUUUCUUUCAUCAUGUUUAAACAAUGUCAUACUAGUGGUAAACAACGCAAUGUCUGCCCCAUAUAAAUGUUAAAAGUUAAGUCCAAAAUCUCUAAAGAUUUAUAAUUUCCAUAAGAAGAAAAAAUAAGUAAAUAUAAUGUUUAUAUAUUCUUUAAAAAUGUACAAAUGAUGUUUAUAUUCACUAUAAUUUUAGUAGUGUCAAGCUUAAUGCUUUUAGACUGCUCUUUGGGAAAUAAGUUACCCUCUCCUUCUGACUUGAUAGAGAUGCUGUUGUUUUGUUGAUAUGCCAGAUGCCUCUCACACUAGUGGAGACAGAAGGGGGCAGUAUGGACACAACAACCUUACAAAAAGAAUUGACUGCAACAUGGCCCAGUAUCUUAAUUUAAUAUAACAUUAACCAUAACAUCUCAAACUAAGUCAGCUUGAAUGUUAAUAAUUAUAAAAAAAUAUAUAAUAAAUCAAACCUAUAUAGUGUUUCCCAUGUGAAAAAUAAACGACUUUUCAGAGAUUUGGUAAAGUUUGUUUGGAUAGAUUUUGGACUAACUGUAUGCUAUAGAACAGAACAUUCAGUAUGACACUAACUUGGUCGACUGCUCGCAAAGCCACAAUCACACUAUGUCCCUAAAAUUAUCUUGAAGAGAAAAAUGUUCAGUCCAUCUCAUAUUCUGUACUGACUAAAUGGCAAUUUCUCAAAUGAAGGUGCCUCUCCAACACAUUUAUCUACCAUCCUUGCAUCUAAUCAAUCCCCCAAAUAAAUGAAAGUGAGCCACAACUAGAUGUCAUCACAUCUAUCUGCAGGCAUAGCUCAAAGUGCACACACCUUAAUGCUGUUACUCUAAAGAGGAUGAACUGUGGAAAUACUAAUGGGGGGUGCUUGACAGCUGACGUACAUUUGAUGCUUGUUUCAGUGAGAUGAGGAUAAAAUGUACAGCACAAGCCUUGCUGUGUUGUUGCACACUGAUCUCAAAGCUGGUUUAGAAGAUUUUUCUUUUUUUUUUUUUUUUUGUACUUUGUAUCAAGGCAUAUUUUGCAAGAGACAUGUUGAGAAAAUCUGAUUUACAGGCAGCAUGAUUCUCAAUUUCUGCCUGGCGCCACCAUGCAGACGAUGGGCCCGUUUCAUUUGGAUUCACUUCAGUAAUCACUUCUGAUCACUGGCGUGAAGCCGAGUGAAUCAGAGCAACGUUCUGUCUUCUUAAGCUAACCAAAAUUCUGCUCUGAGAUCUUUUUAAAACCAGGAAAAUGGAGGUGUCCUCUCAAACCAUCCUCUCUUUGUUCAUGAGAAAGUGGAGAAUUGAGCCAUGGAGCUGAUGGAGUCGAGGAAAGAAUGUGAGUUGAGAAAGGUGCUACUGUGUCUAAAAUAUCAAUGAGGGAGAUGCUGCCAAGUUUUGGAACACACAAGAGGAAAUAGGU